AGCUGAUGGACAAAAACAAGACGGCAUACGGUCCGCUGGCCACUCGGGGCAGGAAAAGGGAAUUCGAUGUGGGUUUUACUAGGCCAGUUCCGAGAUCCUGUUUUUCGGUCGUGGUGUCCAGUGCUCGGACCACGACAGAGUCGUCCGGGGAGCCGCCGGAAGUCGCUCAAAAGAGGCAGGAAGUCCCUCCCCUUCCUCCCAGAGGGAAGACGGUGAGCCGGAGGAGUCAGUCAGAGGGGCUAGCAGGAGCGAUUCCGUCGGCAAACAGGCUUGCUUUCGUCAGUCAGCUGAAUGCAGGGAACGAGGAAGCUCCAUGGCAGAGCUGCAAGAUGGAAGGAGCCAGGAUCCCUGAGUCGGCCUGGAACAGACUGCCUGCUGACCAGGAACACCUGCCAUGGAAGUUUCCAAGAGCGAGAGAGAGACUUCUGUUGUGUUUUGGCCAGUUGUUAUGAAUGCCAAGUGAGCCCCCCAUGACACAAGAAAGGUCAUUAGCACUUUAUUAAUGAUGGAUACUGAGAAGAAACCGGAGAAUGAUGAGGAUGAGAAAGUAAAAAAAGAAGCAAAAGACUUGGAAAAUAUUUCAUCCCCUGAUGUAGAUGGUGGGCCUAUAUCCGAUUUGGAAUCCUCCGAGAAUUCCACAAGCAAAAGAGGUCUUUCAGAAUCAUCAAACUUUGACACUGUCGUUGUGGAGGAAGACGAAAAUAAACAUGCUUCCAAACGAAUGAAAUUAGCCGAGGCAGAGCCCCUUAAAUCCGCGGAGCAGGGCGUUCGUGGAUCAGAAACGUCUGAGAGCACAGUCUCAGAAGUGGACAUCCCUUUAGAGGAGGUGGUGAAGGAGUCCCUCCUGAGUGACUGCUUGGAUGGAAGCACAUGUCUUCCCAAUGCCUUCUCCCCUCUGGGCAGUUCAAGCACUGUUGACUCUGUUUCUCUGAAAACGGACACUGAAAAAAAGUCUGCUCAGGAGAUGGUUUCCCUCGAUCCAGAAAGAGAACCUCCUUUUCCCCUGAAAGAGAUUAGUGUUAGUUGUACCAUUGGAAAUGGAGAGACAGUUUUCAAGUGCAAUGAGUGUGGUCAUAUGUUUUCUUCUUGCUCUGAUUUGGAAAAGCAUGCCGAAUGUCACUUGCAACAGUCUAAGGAACAUGCCUGCUGCCACUGUAGCCACAAAGCGGAGAGCAGUGCAGCUCUCCAUAUGCAUGUCAGACAGACACAUGGGCCACAGAAAGUCUUUUCUUGUGAUCUUUGUGGUUUUCAGUGUGUGGAAGAAAACCUGUUGAAUGCACAUUAUCUUGGCAAAACACAUCUGCGGCGUCAGAAUCUUGCUGCUCGUGGAGGAUUUGUACAGAUCUUAACAAAACAGCCUUUUCCUAAGAAACCAUGUACUAUGGGAACAAAAAAUAUUCAUGCAAAACCAAGAGGUUCUAAACCAAUAGCAAAGAAUAGUGAUUCAAAAGGAUUACGAAAUGUUGGAAGCAAAUCUCAAGAUUUCAGAGGAAGCAUUUCUAAACAGAGUGGAAGUAGCAGUGAGCUCCUUGUGGAAAUGACGCCUUCCAGGAAUACUUCGUCGGAAAAAGGAGAGAUUGUUGAAGAAAACAUAACUGCCCCUGGAAUGGUUCAAAAUCCUGAAAACCAGAGUAAAAAGUUAGGAGCUUUAGUAACCUCGGAGGGUCUCUUAGAUACAUUGGAAUCUACCAAAAAUACGUUACAGUCAGCACAUGGUGUCAGCACAGCCUUGAGACCGAGACCUGAGCGCAGUGUUCUCAUGUUGGGUCAUAGCUUCCGGAGACGAAGUGGCACUUUCACCUUAAAAGGCCAGGCAAAGAAAAGAUUUAAUCUUUUAGGAAUUAAUAAAAGAGGGACUAAUGAAACUCAGAGGAUGUAUAUGAAACACUUCAGAACACAGAUGAAAACAAGUGAUGCAGAGUCAACAUCUAAACAUGUAGAAACGAGUGGCAGUAUCCACACUCUGUGCGUGACUUCCUUGGAAACCCAGGACCCGAAGCAGGACAAAAGAACCUCUCAUAUCCCGUGCUCCUUUGAUUCUCUCACAGUCAGGCCAGCUUCUGACCAUCAGAUGUUGUGUACUUGUGCAGACUGUGGUCAGAUAGCUACAAAUAGAGCAGAGUUGGAAAUCCAUGUGAAAAGGUGCCACGCAAGAGAGAUGAAAUUUUACUGCCAGACAUGUGACUUCUCCAGUAUAUCGAGGAGGGACUUAGAUGAACAUUUGCACAAUAACCAGCAUCAGCAAACUGCUUCUGCCCUCAGUUGUCAGUGUUGUUCGUUUAUUUCCUUGAAUGAAAUAAAUCUUAGAGACCAUAUGAAGGAAAAGCACAGUAUGGGUUUUCUUUGUACUCCUUGUAAUCUGUUCUUCUUGUCUGAGAAAGACAUGGAAGAACACAAAACAACUGAGAAGCAUGUUCGCUUAUUGGUUCAACCAAAGACUUCUCAAUCAUUUAACAAUGAUUUGGUUUUACAGACUUUACCUUUAAGUACUUUAGAAUCGGAAAACACAAAAGAUUCUAUGAGUGAGUCGGGAAAAGCAGCUCAGGAAGAACCUGCUAAGCCCAGGGUAAGCCAUGGAAAUGAAGUAAGGCAUUCAAGUAAGCCUCAGUUUCAAUGUAAGAAGUGUUUUUAUAAAACAAGGUCUUCCACCGUUCUUACAAGACACAUAAAGCUCCGGCAUGGUCAAGACUAUCACUUUCUUUGUAAGGCAUGUAACCUUUAUUCAUUAAGCAAAGAAGGAAUGGAGAAACACAUUAAGAGAAGCAAGCAUCUUGAAAAUGCUAAGAAAAAUAAUAUUGGCUUAAGCUUUGAAGAAUGUAUUGAAAGGGUAUGUAUAGGUGCAAAUGAUAAAAAAGAAGAGUUUAACAUUUCUGGAAAUGGUAGGGUAGAAGGCCAUGUCGAAGGUGUGCAAUUACAGGAGCAUUCCUGUCUUGAGAAGAGCAUGCUAACUACCAAGGAACUGUCACAGUCUGGUAUAAUCACCAAAGAGGAUGAAUUAGCUCUGACCACUGCAAAGAGAGGGAGACCUAAAGGUAAUAUCUCAAGGACAUGUUCGCAUUGUGGUCUUUUGGCCUCUAGUAUUACAAACUUGACUGUUCACAUUAGACGAAAACACAGUCACCAAUAUAGUUAUUUAUGCAAAGUGUGUAAGUAUUAUACUGUAACUAAGGGAGAUAUGGAGCGUCACUGUGCCACCAAGAAACAUAAAGGGCGGGUAGAAAUAGAAGCAAAUGGAAAACAAAGUUCAGAUAUCAUUGUUGGCCCCGAAGUGAGUAACCUUGAAGCCUGUAGAAAGAACACCAACUCAGCGAUGACCAUUUCAGAAGAACACGCUAACAAGUCAGCUGACCUAGAUACCUCCAUUCCAGAAAAGCCAGUAGUAGAGCAUGGAAAUUCAAUUGAAGUUGAAGUUGAAAAUGUAUUUCAUGCCAUAGAUGGGGAAGUUAACAGUCACCUUACUGAUAAAAAGGAACAAAUCUCUCUAGAACCAGAGGACCUUGUCCAACAGGGGGAUGCACACUCCCAGACAGAUGUAAUGGACACAAGUGAUAAUAAAUGUACACACUGUGAGUUUAAUGCUCACUCUUCUGCUUCUCUAGAACUGCACAUAAAACGGAAACAUACAAAAGAGUUUGCAUUUUAUUGCAUGGCAUGUGAUUACUAUGCUGUGACUCGUCGGGAGAUGACUAGGCAUGCAGCAACAGAAAAACACAAGAUAAAAAGACAGUCUUACUUGAACUCUUCUAACGUAGAAGUGAGUUCUGCAGAAAUGUCCAAAAACAUCAUUAUAGCCGAAGAGCAGCAGCAACAAAAUUCUGAAGAAUUUCAAAUAAUUUCAGACCAACCAUCUGAAAUUCUUAAAUCGAGAAAUACUGCUGGUUCUAUUUUGGAUGAGAACACUAAUUUGGAUAUGUCUAAAGUACUCUGUGCUCCUGACUCUGUGGAAAUUGAGACUGAAGAAGACUCUAAUCUCAGUGAAGAUCAUUCCUUUUGUGAAACUUUCCAACAGCCCCUUGCCAAGGAUAAAGUUAUGAAACCUGACGAGAUAGUGUCCCUUAAUAUUUCCUCUAAUUAUGACUCCCCAAGAAAAUUUCAGAAUGAAAAUUUGGGAAGCUCAGCUUUCAAUUAUGAGACAGUAAAGAAAAACCACAGUGUGUUGAAUGACAUCGUUGAUCCAAAUAUUCAUUGUGAGAGCGAUGGAGGAAAUGUAGGAGGUGAUGCAGAUAAGGUCUUUAGCAAACAUGUGUGUGCUGGAGUUCUAGGUGGAGAGCAGUCAGCUGACAGCACCAUCCCUGUUGUGAUGGGAAUGACAAGACAACAGCUAAACCUAGAGAGCAGUGGUCAAAGCAAAGUUGGAAGUGUGCAGAGUUCAGAGGGUUUGAAAGAUAGGCAAGAAGAUCCUGUUCUGGAGAAUAAGGAAAUUCUGAUGAAUUCCCAACAUGAAACUAAAAUUAUUUUGGAAGAGGAUGGUCCGGCUUCUGAUAGCACAGUUGAAAGUAAUGAUGUUUAUGAAACUAUAAUCAGUAUUGAUGAUAAAGGACAGGCCACGUAUCGUUUUGGCCGGUUUGAUUCCUCCAUAAUAAGAAUAAAGAACCCUGAAGAUGGUGAAUUGAUAGAUCAGUCUGAAGAUGGUCUUAUAGCAACAGGAGUGAGAAUUAGUGAGUUGCCCUUAAAAGACUGUGCUCAAGGUGUGAGAAAGAAGAAAUCUGAAGGUAGUUCCUUUGGUGAAUCCACACGAAUCCGUUGUGAUGACUGUGGCUUCUUAGCAGAUGGUUUGAGUGGACUGAAUGUUCACAUAGCCAUGAAGCAUCCUACAAAAGAGAAACACUUUCAUUGUUUACUGUGUGGAAAAUCCUUCUAUACGGAGAGCAACCUUCAUCAGCAUUUGGCUAGUGCUGGGCAUAUGAGAAAUGAACAGGCCAGCGUGGAAGAGCUUCCAGAGGGAGGGGCCACCUUUAAAUGUGUCAAGUGUACAGAGCCCUUUGAUUCUGAACAGAAUUUAUUUCUGCAUAUUAAAGGGCAGCAUGAGGAACUGCUACGGGAGGUGAAUAAGUACAUAGUGGAAGACACUGAGCAAAUCAACCGAGAGAGAGAGGAAAAUCAGGGAAAUGUGUGCAAGUAUUGUGGGAAGAUGUGUCGAAGUAGCAAUUCCAUGGCAUUUCUAGCACACAUUCGCACUCACACAGGAUCAAAACCAUUCAAGUGCAAGAUAUGCCAUUUUGCAACAGCUCAGCUUGGAGAUGCCAGAAACCAUGUCAAAAGGCACCUUGGGAUGAGGGAAUACAAGUGUCAUGUCUGUGGGGUUGCUUUUGUAAUGAAGAAGCACUUAAAUACUCAUCUACUGGGCAAACAUGGAGUUGGCACCCCAAAAGAAAGGUAUCUAAUGCCUCUGAAGAAGUUGCUAAAAGCAAAACAGUUUAAUCAAGUGGAUCCAGCUGUUGGAAUUGAAGAUGAAAAUAAACAAAGAAUGAAAAAAAUCUAAGAAUGUAAUCUUUCUUAGCUAGAAAUACCAGGUUGGGAUAAAUUAAAAUCUGGAAUGUGAGGUCUGGUUCUCAAGUUUGGUGGUAAAUUCACAGAUGUUCAUUAUAUUAUUGAAUGAAUAAAUAAAAAAAGAUAGGGUCACAAAGGGACCAACGAUAACCAAAGAUUAUUUCUGGCCCAGUUUUGUCCCUUGAGGACUAUGUGGUUUUGUGCCUUGAGGUCUCUGAUUUCCCGCAUUCAGAUGACCCAUGUCAUAUACUUGAUGUGAAACAAAGAAAAGGUGGUUUUUAAAGCUGUUACUUAGUCCUCUGUCUAGUACAAAAAGUACACCCUUCAGUGAAGGGAACAACUUUAUUGAAUGCUGAAGAGAUGGCUCUCUUAUUGGUAAUAUUAUGAAUGGAAAACGUCCAACUUCCAACAAAAAUGUCAUUUGUUAGAAAAUCAUUGGUUCUUGAAAACUAUCUGAAAUAACAGUGGUGAACUGUUAGUGUAUAUGGCUGUUUAACUCACUUUUAUUAUGAGAAAAGUUUGAUUUGGAAAUUUUAGGAGGUGUUUUUUUUUUUUUUGCCUAAUGUAAAGUUGACAGUGGAGGGAGCCUCAGUUGACCAUGCCCUAGAGAAGUAUUUUCAUCAGAGUGAAGAGGUUCUUGGAGGAGUAGAGUUAUGAAGCUGACACCUGUUCCUCACAGAUGGAGAAGAUGCCUUUACAGAUAGAUGUGUUUCGGGAAGAAACACUCACUCCAGGGUUUCGGGCAGCUGAUGACUGACCUCAGCUGUUAGGAGUCCUGCUCAGGCUCCAGGAGUGUCUGAGACAGAAGUCUGGAUGAGCUCUAUCCUAGGAAUGGAGAUGUUUUCAUCCAAAGAUGAAAGUUGUGACUUUCAAACAGAAGUAUCUUUCUGGGGGCUGGCCCCACGGCUAAGUGGUUAAAUUUGCACACUCAGCAUCGGUGGCCGGGGGUUCAGCAGUAUGGAUCCUGGGCCGCAGAUCUGCACACCACUCAUGAGGCUGUGCUGGAGCAGCAUCCCACACAGAAGAACAAGAAGGACUUACAACUAGGAUGUACAACUGGGGCUUUGGGGAGAAAGGAAAAAAAGAGGAAGAUUGGCAAGAGGGUUAGCUCAGGGCCAGUCUUUCUCACUAAAAAAGAAAUGAAAAGAAAAGAUAUAGCUUUCUUCUCAAAUACCCUGUUUUAAAUGACUGUGCUCUGCUUUAUAGUCAUUUUUCUCAUAGUUACCACCACUCGUUUCAUCUGCCUUUUCUGCUGACUUUGAUGCUGAGGCCCCACUGGAAUGUUCAAAGAACAUUGUUGGAUUGUUCUAACCUGGCUUCCUCUUGCUGUCUACUGCGUUGUGUCAUUGUCUUCACACAUGAC